GAGCAAGGCUCCACUACCGUAUAGCUACAUACACUAUAUAUAUUCCUAGGGCCUAGGAAGAUAUUCAGGCACCUUAGCGGUCCGCCUCACGAUCCAAGGACAGCUACAUACAUACAACUAACCACAUAAUCUUGACAACGACAACCCAAAUUAGUUAAUAAAAGCACAGAAAGAAAGAAAGAAAACCCGGUAGAAAUUAAAUAACUUCAAAUCCUAUCCAUGAACAGCCUUCAGCCAUGUUGUCUCGCCAAUUACUCCGCCAUAGACCUCGUCUCACUACGCUGACACCUCUGUCUCGUCCCGCCCAGAGACCAAUGGCGCGUUUCUCAAGCACAGAGACAACCGGAAAACCCUUCUUAACCCGAAAUGCUGCUGUUGCUUUCGCCGCAGGGUUAGCCUCCGCAACGCUCGUGUAUUGGUUUACCACCUCCUCUUCCAGCCAGCCUACCUCGGGCAGCCCCGCCAAAUCGUUCAGUGAUAUCCUGGAAGACAACAAGGCUCGUCGUGUCCCGGAUCUCAACAAGCUAGGCCUCUCAGACAAGAUCGCCUACAGCCCUCCACUAUCCUUGGAAGACGUUACCCAACAUCUGAACGAACAUGCAUUCUCCCUACCCGGGGGAGGGGCAGCAGCAGGACUCGUCACGAGAUACGACGGCACGCAGGUCGCCUCCAACAGCCCCUGCGAGGACGCCUUCAUCCACGGCACCUUCACCAACCCCUUCGAUCCCAAAGGAGACGAGUGGUCCGCCUGGGCCGUGUUCGACGGGCACUGCGGCUGGCAGCUAUCGAACCUCCUAACGAAGCAGCUGAUGCCGUACGUCCGCCGCGCCCUAGGCGACGUCAAGCCGAAAGACGGAAGCAGCCAGGUCGACGAGCAGACCCUGCAGCAAGCCCUCAAGUCCGCCUUCACGACGCUCGACGACGCCCUCGUCAAGUCCGCCCUCGCCACCAUCGAGAGCAGCCUGCCCUUCGCGGAGAAGGUGCGCCGGCUCGAGGCCGCGUACGCCGGCUCGUGCGCCCUGCUGACCCUCUUCGACCCAGCCAGCCGCAAGCUGACCGUGGCGUCGACGGGCGACUGCCGCGCGGUGCUGGGGCGCAAGGCGGCCGACGGCCAGAAGUGGGAGGCCCGGGACCUCUCGACGGACUGCACGGGCGCGAGCCCGUCCGAGGCCGCGCGGAUCCAGGCGCAGUUCCCGGACGAGCCCGAGAUCGUGCGCGGCGGCCGCGUCUGGGGCAUGCAGCCGUCGCGCACCUUCGGCGACGGCAUGUGGAAGUGGUCGUCGAAGCUGAAGGAGAAGCUCCGCAACGAGUACAACGGGCUGAGCCUGCCCUCCGCCGUCCGCUACGGCGCCUACAAGGACGGGCCCUACCUCACCGCCGAGCCCCUCGUCACCACGACCGAGAUCCCGGAGUCCGAGCCUGCCUUUCUGAUCAUCGCCACCGACGGCCUCUGGGACACGAUGUCGAGCGCGCAGGCCGUCGACCUGGUGGGCAGGUGGCUCGAGUGGCAGGCCCAGGCGCGGCGGCAGCCAGUCAAGCCGUCGAGAUCCAGCCUCGGCGGCCCGACGAUCCUCGGACGCUCGCGCGCGUGCGGGUACGAGGAGCAGAAGACGACGGUGCAGGACGACAACGCGGCCGUGCACCUCGUGCGCAACGCGCUGGGCGGCGGGGACGAGGAGAUGGUCAGGGGCGCGCUGACGUUUCGGUACCCGAACUCGAGGGAUAUCAGGGAUGAUAUCACGGUGCAGGUUGUGUUCUUUAAUUCUGCCAAAUAAG